CUUAUGACAGAUCUUUCGAGAUGCCCCUCGUAGCGCAACGGUACCUAUAAGAAUCAAGUUCCCCAGAGAGCAUGCGUGUCUCAUCCCCAGAUGUUUGUGAUGCGCACUGUGCGUGAACUUUAAAACUUGGAAAAUAUCGUUAGCGACAGAUAACAGAUAUUCACUCUUAACCACAUUCAUAUGCUUCAUUUAAUAUAUUCUAUUGUAUUCAGUGAACAUGUAUGAAAAGGUCGUGAAACAGUAUGAAACCAACGGUUAUGCCAUCAUUGACAAGUUGUUCUCGGAAGAGGAAGUUAAUCUCAUGAAAAAAGAGAUCGAUGUACUCGUAAAGAAAAUGCCAGAAGAGUCUCAGAGGGUCAUUUUUAGUACUACUGAUUCUGAAAGUCAGCAGCAUCCUGCAUGCAUUUUCAGAACAAGGAUCGAUAUUUUCUGGAGAGUGGCGACAAAAUUAGCUAUUUUUAUGAGCAAGGGGCUAUAGGGCCAAAUGGAGAACUACUAGUGGAACCUCACUUAUCUCUGAAUAAAAUCGGACAUGCGUUACAUGAACUUGAUCCUGUAUUCAGAAAAAUGACCUUCAGCGAACAAGUGAAGGAAGUGGCUUUUCAACUGGGGUACGAGGAACCUGCUGUCGUUCAAAGCAUGUAUAUUUUCAAAAAACCCUGGGAUUGGCUCCGAAGUAACAGCGCAUCAAGACGCGACCUAUCUGUAUACAGAACCCGUGAAAGUGACGGGAUUUUGGAUAGCAUUAGACGAUGCUACAGUGGAAAACGGAUGCCUAUGGUUUGCCGCUGGGUCGCAUAAAAGCGGGGUUCACAGGCGAUAUGUCAGGAAUCCAGACAAAGGUUCUGAUCAGUUGCUUAUUUACAAAUCAGGACCGCCGAUUAUCAACGUAGCAACUUCAAACCUGUUCCAGUUGAAAAAGGU